AUGUCGGAUAAGAUGGAACAAGAUGGCGGAGAAGCAGAAACCUUCGCUUUCCAGGCUGAAAUUGCCCAACUGAUGUCCUUAAUUAUCAACACAUUUUAUUCCAAUAAAGAAAUUUUCUUACGUGAAUUGAUCUCCAAUUCAUCUGAUGCCUUGGAUAAAAUCCGCUAUGAAUCACUUACUGAUCCAACCAAGCUCGAUAGCGGAAAAGAAUUGAGCAUCAAAAUCAUUCCUGACAAAGCCAACAAUACUUUAACCAUCAUCGAUACUGGUAUUGGUAUGACAAAAGCUGAUCUUGUCAACAACUUGGGUACCAUUGCUCGAUCAGGUACUCGUGCAUUUAUGGAAGCCCUCCAAGCUGGUGCCGAUAUUUCCAUGAUUGGUCAAUUCGGUGUCGGUUUCUAUUCGUGUUACUUAGUUGCUGACCGAGUAGUUGUCACCUCGAAAAACAAUGAUGAUGAACAAUAUGUUUGGGAAUCAAGUGCUGGUGGUUCAUUUACCAUUCGACGAGAUACCACUGGUGAACCACUUGGUCGUGGCACCAAGAUUGUUAUGUUUCUCAAAGAAGAUCAAACUGAAUAUCUUGAAGAAAAACGUAUCAAAGAAGUGAUCAAGAAACAUUCGCAAUUCAUUGGCUAUCCAAUCAAAUUGUUCGUUGAAAAAGAACGUGACAAGGAAAUUUCCGAUGAUGAAGCUGAAGACGAAAAAAAACCAAGCAAAGAUGAAGACGAAACCAAGAAAGAUGAAGCUAAAGUCGAAGAAGUUGAAGAUGAAGAUGAUGAUGAUAAGAAAAAAGAUACCGACAAAAAGAAAAAGAAGAAAAUCAAAGAAAAAUACACCGAUGAAGAAGAACUUAACAAACAAAAACCAAUCUGGACACGUAAUCCCGAAGACAUUUCCACUGAAGAAUAUGCUGAAUUUUACAAACAAUUGACCAACGAUUGGGAAGAUCAUUUGGCUGUCAAACACUUCAGUGUUGAAGGCCAAUUGGAAUUCCGUGCUCUCUUAUUCAUUCCAAAACGCGCACCAUUUGACUUAUUCGAAAAUCGCAAGACCAAGAACUCAAUCAAAUUGUACGUUCGUCGUGUCUUCAUUAUGGAAAACUGCGAAGAGUUAAUGCCAGAAUAUUUGAACUUUAUCAAAGGUGUUGUUGACUCCGAAGAUUUACCAUUGAACAUCUCUCGUGAAACAUUACAACAAAACAAGAUUCUCAAAGUUAUUCGCAAGAACUUAGUCAAGAAGUGUGUUGAAUUAAUCGAAGAAAUCGGUGAAGACAAAGAAUCAUUCAAGAAAUUUUAUGAACAAUUCUCACGUAAUCUUAAACUCGGUAUCCAUGAAGAUUCAAACAACCGUGCUAAACUUGCUUCAUUCUUACGCUAUCACUCGUCGACAUCCGGUGAUGAGCUCACAUCGUUGAAAGAUUAUGUUUCACGAAUGAAAGAAAACCAAAAAGAUAUCUAUUACAUUACUGGCGAAUCACGACAAGUCGUCGAUCAAUCAGCUUUCGUCGAACGUGUACGCAAACGUGGCUUCGAAAUCAUCUACAUGACUGAACCAAUUGACGAAUAUUGUGUUCAACAAUUGAAAGAAUUCGAAGGCAAAAAACUCGUUUCAGUUACCAAAGAAGGCUUAGAAUUACCCGAAGAUGAAGAUGAAAAGAAGAAACGUGAAGAAGAUAAAGAAAAAUACGAGACAUUAUGCAAGGUCAUGAAAGAUAUCUUAGACAAGAAAGUCGAAAAAGUUGUCGUCAGCAACCGACUUGUUUCAUCGCCAUGCUGUAUUGUUACAUCACAAUACGGUUGGUCAGCUACCAUGGAACGUAUCAUGAAAGCUCAAGCUUUACGUGACACAUCCACCAUGGGUUACAUGGCUGCAAAGAAACAUCUCGAAAUCAAUCCUGACCAUUCGAUCAUCAAAACACUUAAAUCGAAAGUUGAUCAAGAUAAGAACGACAAAUCAGUCAAAGAUUUGGUCACCUUAUUGUACGAAACAUCACUUUUGGCAAGCGGUUUCGCUCUUGAAUUACCACAACAACAUGCCGAUCGUAUCUUCCGUAUGAUCAAACUUGGUUUAGGUAUUGAUGAAGAUGACAGUGCCGAAGAAAACUACACCGCUGCUGGUGAUUCAACUUCAGAUAUGCCACCACUCGAAAGUGGCGACUCAGCUGCCGUUUCAGCUGAAGCCUCACGUAUGGAGGAAGUUGAUUAA